AAGGUAUGAACGGUACCUCUUCUAUGAUGAAGUCUCUGCCGAUCCACCCGCACCUGCGCCUGCUCCCGAUAACCCAGGAGGGGGAGGAAACAACACCAUAAAGAUCGUGAUCAUCACUGUAUCAGCAAUUACAGGAGCUGCAGUUGUCUUGGGUUUCUUCCUUUAUUUUUCAUUCUUUAGCAGGAAGAGCAGACGAGGGGAGCAGAAAAGUGAAGAAAUUCUGUUAAAUGUGUUGGACCGUCCAACCGGCACACACUUUAUGGAAGGGCAUAUGCAUGAUCAAGACAACACUGUAGAAACUUACUACUUCAAUUUAACCACCAUACUGGCUGCUACAAACAAUUUUUCUGAUUCCAAUAAGCUUGGAGAAGGGGGUUUUGGUCCUGUUUACAAGGGAAAGCUGCUUGAUGGAAGGGAAAUGGCUGUUAAAAGGCUUUCGACGAAAUCAGGGCAAGGUCUUGAGGAGUUCAAGAAUGAAGUUAUGUUAAUUGUUAAACUUCAACACAAAAAUCUUGUGAGGCUGUUGGGUUGCUGCCUGGAGGGAGACGAGAAGCUCCUGGUCUACGAGUACAUGGCUAAUACAAGUCUUGAUGCUUUUUUGUUUGAUCCAACAAAAUGCAAGGAACUAGACUGGGAUAAGCGAGCAGCCAUUGUUCGUGGAAUAGCAAGGGGGAUCCUGUAUCUUCAUGAAGACUCUCGUCUCAAAAUCAUCCACAGGGAUUUGAAAGCAAGCAAUGUUUUGUUGGAUGAGGAAAUGAAUGCAAAGAUCUCAGACUUUGGCACUGCUAGGAUUUUUGGCAGCAAGCAACUUGAUGCUAACACCAACAGAGUGGUCGGUACAUUUGGGUACAUGGCACCAGAGUACGCAAUGGAGGGACUAUUUUCUGUGAAAUCUGAUACUUACAGCUUUGGAGUUCUAUUGCUAGAAAUCUUGAGUGGGAAAAAGAACAGUGGAUUGUAUAGCACGGAUCAUUCCCAAAACCUUCUAUCUCAUGCAUGGCAGCUGUGGAAUGAAGACAAGGGACUUGAAUUUAUAGAUAGGAACUUAGUUGAGAAAUGUCCUGUAAGUGAGGUUGUCAGAUGGAUCCAUACUGCUCUGCUGUGUGUUCAAGAAGACCCCAAUGAUAGACCUCCCAUGUCAUCAGUUGCUCUCAUGCUUGGAAGCAAAUGGGCCAACCUUCCCCAACCAUCAGCACCCCCAUUCUCAGUGGGAAGAUCUUUCAUGUCUGAUCUAUCUUCAACAACCGGGUCGGGGUUAGGUUUUCUCAUUUCAGAUCAAUCAUCUACUAGUGCCUCUGUUUAGUUCGGAGGUUCAUUGCAGCAUACUUGAGAUUCAAGGGUUAUCGAGUCAGAUCAAAACUAAAGUUAAUAUCUGUCCUUUUUCAUUAGAUAAGUCUUUUGUGACCCAUAGACAACAAAUGUGGAUGCAAGUU